AUGUCUACAUUCACUUUUGUAUUUAUCUGCAUUCAAGUUCUCUUGGUUCAGAAUGCAUACAGCGCUUGUCUUGGCGCUGCACCUGUACUAGAACGUGGUUGUGGCCGUGGAGCUGGUCUUGGUCUGGGAUAUGGCGGUCUUGGGUACGGUGGUCUUGGGUACGCUGGCCUCGGGUACGGUGGUCUCGGAUACGCUGGUCUUGGGUACGGCGGUCUCGGAUAUGGCGGUCUUGGUUGUGGUGAGGCGUAUGGUGGAGAGGGUGUAGGUAAUGUAGGUGUGGCUGGUGAAAUGAUGGUCGCAGGUACCACCGAGGUCGCUGGUCAAGUACCGAUCAUGGGUGCUGUAGAGUUCGGUGGUCGUGUGCCAGCAGGCGGCACUGUUACUAUUACAGGAAGAUGUGCCGGUGGUUGCGGAUGCGGUGGUUACCGUUAUUGA